AUGAGACUUGGAGAUAAUUCUGUUGAUCCAUUUACUGUUAGUAAAACACCAACUCUUCUUGAAAAUAAAGAAGGAUCAACAACAAAUUUAAAUUCACAAUCCCUUUCUACACCUUAUUUAACUCCAUCACAAUCACCAUGUCCUAUGUCUCCUGUUAAUUCAAAUAAUGCUAUUUCAGUACAAACACCACCUAAACAAAUUAUUAAAGGAGUUUCACAAGGGAUUUCAUUAAUGUGGUCAUUAUUCGAUAAAGAAAUGAAACAUCAAUUUCUUGGAGUAGUUGCAAAUGAUCAAAAAUGUAAAGCAUUCAACAGAUAUCUUUUUAAUUUGAUUGAUACAAAAAAAUGUGGAAAAAUAGAUAUUGAAGAUCUUGAGUUUAUGUUAGAUGUAUUAAAUGAUGAUGGAAUAACAAUUGAAAAUAUUUUAUAUGAACUUCCAGAAUCUAAACCACAAACAAUUUUUGAAGAAGCUGAAUUAUUAUUUCAAACAUAUAAUUACAAAGGAAAUGAUUAUCUUGGAAUUGCAGAAUUUUCAUUAUUAGCAAAUUUAAUUACAAAGAAUUAUAAAAUGAAAGCGGAAGGAAAUGAUAUUAGACUUGUAGGAAGAUAUGAAUUACAAAGAAAAUUAGGAGAAGGAAGUGAAGGAUGUGUUAGAUUAGGAGUUAAUAGAAGAACAGGAGAAAAAAAAGCAAUUAAAAUAUUUUAUAAGUCAAGAGGAAUUAAUUUAGAACAUCUUGAAAAUGAAAUUGCAUCAUUGAGGAAAUUAAAUCAUCCUAAUAUUGUUAAAUUAGAAGAAGUUAUUGAAAAUGAUGAACAAUUGUAUUUUGUAAUGGAAUUAUGUCUUGGUGGUUCUUUAGCUGAGCAUGUAGCUAUUUCACCAUUUAGUAUUCCAGUAGCAAGAAAUUUCUUUAAACAAUUACUAAGUGGAGUAAAAUAUUGUCAUGAUAAUGGAGUUAUUCAUCGAGACUUAAAAUUAGAAAAUUUGAUAUUAGACAGAGAUGGAAUUAAUUUGAAAAUAUGUGAUUUUGGACAUAGUGUAGUUGUUGUUUCUGAUUGGGACUUUGUAGAAUCAGCUGUAGUUGGAACAUUAUAUCAUAUUGCACCAGAACAAUUACAAGAUCAUUGUUAUAGGGGGAAAAAAGCUGAUAUAUGGAGUAUUGGAGUUAUAUUAGUAAGAAUGUUAACAGGAAAAUAUCCAUUUUAUUCAAAAGACCCAGAAGAAACAAUUAAUUUAAUAAAGAAUGCAGUUUAUUCAUUACCAGACAAUCUACCACCAGAUAUUCAAGAACUUAUUUCACAUAUUUUUGUUAUUGAUCCAGAACAACGAUAUUCUAUUGAACAAGUAAUUGAUUCAUCAUUUGCUAAAAGUGAUAUUGUUAUGUCAUUGUCAUUUGUUAAAAGAAGAAUUACAAUUGAUCCAGUUGUUGUAACAAUUGAUAAUGCAUGGAAUUUAAUGCAUUCUAUUCUUGAAAGCAAUCAUGUUAUGUGUAAACGAAAUACACAUACAUGUUAUUCAAUGUAUUGUUAUCAAAUCCAAACACAAAUGAAAUUUAUAGUAAGUUAUAGAGUAGGACAAACACCAGGAUCAAAUGCAUAUUUUGAAUUUUUAAUGACUGAUGGUGGAGGAAUUGAUUUUAGAAAUUUAAUGGAUAAUAUUAAAAAGAGUUUCUUAGAACAAGUUGAUCCAUUACAUAUUGAAGUUGUAGAAAAGAAAUUAGAUUCAUUAUUAUUAGAAAGUAGUCAACCAUUAUUAUCUAGUUUUAGAAGAGCAUAUGAAGAAAGUGUUAUUAAAAGUAGAGUUGGAGUGUUAUUAUGUGGAAAAAGUGGAUGUGGAAAAACAUCAUUAGCACAAAGAUUUUUUAGUAAUAAAUUACAAGUUGGAGAAGUUGGUCCUACUAAAUAUUAUACAAAAUAUAUUCAUACAAAUAAACCCAUUGUAUUAUAUGAUGCUAAAGGAAUUGAACUAAGUACUGAAAAUGGUUUUUGGGAAGAAACAAGAGGAUUUCUUGAUGCUCACAAAGGAAUUGAUCGUAUUCAUUGUGUAUGGUAUGUUAUUGAUGCAACAACAUCACGAUUUGAUGUUACAGAUGAAGAAAUUUGUAGAACAUUAUUUGACAUUCCACUCAUUAUUAUUAUUAAUAAAGCAGACUUAGUUAGUGAUGAAACACUAACAAAAAUGAAAAAUAAGAUUGAGUCAUUUAAAUUUGAGAAGUGUGUUGGAGUUGUUGCUACUGUUUCUUUGGCUGAAGAACAAACAAAACGAAUUAGUAUUACUAAAUGUAGUAAAUGUCAUAAUGAAUAUGAUAAAGUUAUUGAAUUAACAAUUAAACUCUUACCUGAAGCAAUGAAAUCAGGUUUUGUUUCAGGACAAUCAUUAUCAAUAACACAUAAAAUUGAAUUGAGUAAACGAAUGAUUAGAGAGUAUCAUUCACAAUUAGGAAAUGAUAAUGAUCUUGAACUAAAACGGGUCAUGAGUUUAUUAACAAAAUUAAACAAAUUAUGGGAUCUUGAAGAUUACCACUCUGUGAAAAUAGCAACUAAAGUUAUUCAAGACUUUUUAUUAAAAGGAGUUGUUGGAACUUCAGUUGCAAAUUUCUUUGGAGACACACCAAUUUUCCAACCAGAUCAAUUUACAGCAAUAUGUAUUGUUUGGGUACAAUGUUUAGUUGACUUACACUUCUUAAUGAUACAAGAGAUACUCAACGUAGAAAAGGUAGAAAAUGUGGAUGCUGUUAUGCAAAAAAUAAUGGAACAAGCAUUUUGUAAAUUACAACAAAACUAUGUCAAAGGGAUUGAAACUGACUUAGUUAAAAAUGGAUUAGAAGCAGUUUUGUCGAAGUUUUAA